AGAGAGGUUAUUAUUUUCAUUCCAGAGGUGACAUAGGAGCCAUGUAUAUAAGCUGCUGGGUGCCUCAGUGUAACCAUUCUCUCAUCAAUUCACCACUCCUACAUCACCACUUCCACACUGCUUCAACUCAACAAACAUCAACAAUCCACUCAACAGAAAUCCUUCAAUCUCGCAAACAACACCCCACACACCAAAAACCUUCAAAAUGCAGAUGAAGAACAUCCUCCUCACUCCCCUUGUGGCCGCCGGCCUGGUGUCCGCCGCUCCCGCCACAUCCAACACCUUCGAGGUGCUUGCUCUGCGCCCUGCCACCGGCAUUCAUUUCACUGGCUUCCAGGCCUCCAACAACAACAUCAUGCUCAAGAUGUCUCAGCAGGGGGCCACCUGCAAAACUGCGACGGAUAACCUGGCUACGUUCAAGCUGGUUGACGGCAAUCUGUUCCUGUACCACGAGGGUUCGACCCCCCAGCAGCUCUUCGUCGACCGCUCCGGAAUGGGCCAGGGCAAGCUUGGCUACACCACGAACGUGAAGGAUAUCCCCGCUCGAUGGGAGCGCAAGGGAUGGGCCGUUGACAGCAAUGGUGACCUGAAGUUCAGUGGCUCUGGCUUCAUUGCCUGCCCCGUCGGCGAUGGCACUUGGAGUGUCUGGGUCAACGCUGGCGUCAGCCAACCCGGUGGUGGCCAGGGAUGCUUGACUUUGACUGCUCGCCCCAUCAAGAUCAACAAGCCCAACAGCUGCACCUACACCCAGCCAGUCUGUCCCCAGCACGAUGCUAUCCCGAGAUAUCCGAACGCUGCAAAUGGGUUCUAUAAACUUUUGGGCAAAUUUCCUUAG